CUCACGCAUAGGGCCAUGCCGACAUGUCAUGGGGCGAUGACGACCGGGCGAGGGUCGAGGAGACGUGCCGGCUGCUGACGCCGCCCACGCGCCUGUCUUCGGUAUCUGGAGCGUCCGCCUCGGCAGCCAAUGAUGACGGCUGGGUAAAGGGGCAGGUGUCGCGGCUCCUCGAGCAGCUCCACGAGCAGGCGCUGCGAUGUCCCGCCGAGGCCGGCGUGGAGCUCCGGUCGAAAAUCUUUGUCGCCGCCGCGCGCUUCAUCGACGUCCGUAGGCCUCGGCCUCGGCAUCGCUCGUCUUCAGCGCCCCGCGACGCCUUUCUUCCUCCCACCGCCGCCGACGAGGAGAAGACGCAGGCAGUCGCACGCAGCAUCCUCCUUGCUGUGCUGGGCCAGCAGGAGCAGCAGUCAGCCACUGUCGCGCUGGCCAGGCACGUCCUUGCGCACUAUAUCAAGCCCCUCUUCAGCGCCACGCAGACCGACUCGGUACGCACAGACACGGGCCGCGCGGCAUCGAAGCCCGCCGGCCUGGUGGACAAUCCCCUGCACCGGGCCACCUCGACGGCCGAAGAGGACAUCGUCUGGAAAGGCGGCGGCCUCGACCUGGCCUCAACGGCUGCCGUCCGCGUGCUGGGCGAGCCAAUGCUCUUGCAAAUCGAGGGCGACCACCGAAACGCAGCGCUGGGCUGCUGCCACGUCCUCGGUGCCGCCUGCCAAAGUCUCGGCCGAGGCGCGACAUUGACGAAGACCACGACCACGACGACAGAAGAAGAUGAAGAAGACGUGGACGCCUGGCCGGACCUCUGGCCGCUGGUGCUGCCGCCGCUGCUCACGCUGCUCGAGGAUGCCGGCCCGCGGUUCCGUCUCGUGGGGGCGCGCAUCCUCGCAACGUCGCUCCUGUCGCCCGGCAGCGUCGAGGCACGGCUGCGCGUGGCAUCGCUCAUGGGUCGCACGGGCCUCGCGCCGCUCCUGUUUGCCGCCCUCGAGACGAGCUUUGCCUAUGCGGCGUCGUCGUCGGACCCGUACGCCGCGCCGCUGCUCGAGGCAUCGACAGACGCCCAUAUCCGCCUCGCCCUCCUCCUGCGGCCGCGCCCUGGCUCUGGCUCUGGCCCUGGCUCUGACAACGACGAGCACAGCCAGCGUCUGCGCCUCUACACCGUGCUCGACGACGCCGUGCUGCGCAUCUGGGCCUAUUCUUCCACUUCCUCUUCUUCUCCUGCCACCCCCUCAGACAAAGACGAGGACGGCUGCGAGCCGACAGAUGUGCUGCGCACGACGCUCGCGACGCUGCUCCGCCUGAGCCAGCCCGACGCCCUCGGCCCCGCCAUGGCGCCCUACCUCGACACGCUGCUCGAUUUCCUCUGCGCCCACUUUGGCUCGGCCGAGCGCGGCGCACUGGCCAUUCGCGCUGCCGCGGGCCUCGUCGACGCCUGUCGCGUGCGCCGGUGCAGUGGCGACCGCAAUGGCGAUGGUCACGGUGGCGGUAGCAACGACGAAGACGAGGAGAAGCAGGUGGAGAUGCUGGUGGCGCCGGGCGUGGCGCGGUGGAGCGGCAAGAUCCUCGCCUCUGUCUGUCGCGCCUGGACGCUGAGUCGCCGCGACGUGGGAGAGGGCCACAACGAUGAGAACAACUACAACAGCUACAUCCAGCGCGCCUGCCGACAGCUCGUGCAGGCGCUGAGGGACCUCGACGGCAUGCAAGCGCAGAUGGACCGCCUCGUCGCGCUGGACGCACCCCUCUUCUCGCCCCUCUUUGCAUAGCAUACACCGAGCGCAUUCAACGGCAAUUUCACUCUUCACUGCGCUGCCGAGAGACAUGCGCAUUCACACCACACCAGACACCUGGCUAUGACCAAUGUAGAUGAGAUGACAUCACGCUCCCGUCUAAUACUACUACUUGUACA